ACAAGACCACGCACGCAAGCCCAUCAAUGCUGCUGAAUGGAUCAACAGUUGACGUCUGUUAAGUGUGGUGGGGGACCCCCUUCAAGGUUUCAUCACUGACAGUACAUAUGUAUGUGCCCAUUGCCUAUUUAGGACUACGGUACAGAUAGAGGGUGAGUGAAGACUGCUGAGAGAUGACGGACCUGGAGGCAUCGACAGUGGGUGAACCCCCUCCCCCAUACAUGAUCUUCCUCCUGGUUUUCUUCUUCUUCAUCACGGGCCUCCUGGGUUUCCUGGUCUGCCACCUUCUGAAGAAGAAGGGCUACCGCUGCAGGACAGGGGAGGAGGAAGAUGAAGAUGAGGAGGAGUGUGAGCAGAAACUGGGACCAGACAAGAAUGCUUGGGGGCAAGCUGCUUCGCCAGACAAUCUUUCAUGUAUUACAGAUGAUGAAGAAGAGGACCAUCAAGACACUGUUGAACAAAUCCUGAAGUGCAUCAUUGAAAAUGAAGCCAACAUGGAAGCCUUCAAGGAGAUGCUAGGAAAACAGGAUACUUGUGAACAUCAUGAUCCUACGUUACUGCGCAAAGAGAGCCUGGGGGGUAUUCCACCUCAUCACCACACCGUGCACUCUGGAGCCCAGCUUGACCACAAGUCCUGCACGCUCUGUGUGCAAGGGCGCUCCAAGAAGGCCCGACGCCGGAGCCGUGUACCUCGGACCAUUAAGCCGAGAACGCCGGGAGAGAGGAGAGAGUCCACUGUGUUCGCUGUGGGAAGGUUCCGAGUCACCCACAUGGACAAAAAGGAUCAGGGGUCUGGCGACCAGUUAGACCAAUCAGAGGCUCUGGAUAGUGAGAAGGGGGAUGAGGACGACCCCCAGAGGAAGGAGGGGUACAACCUGCGGAGCAUGUUCAAAGACGUCAAAACGGACAGCACCAACGGUGUGGUUCCCAUCGUGGCCAAGCGGAAGAAGAGUCUGGUUCUGUUCUCCCCACGCAUAGGUAGUGAUCCAGUGGGGGCCAAAGUGCCACUGAGCCAGCCCAUGGUAGAAGAGGAACCCCUCUUCACUGCUCCAGUGCAGACCUCCAGCCCUGUGAAGAUCCUGUCAUCCCAGCCCAGCCUGGACUCUGGUGCACCUGACGACACUGAGAUGGCUCCUGUUAAAAUGUACCCUACUAGGGUCACUUUUGUAGUGUCCCCCACAGAGAGUCCCAUACCAGUCUCUGCCAACACGAGUCCAAGAGGCGUCUCCCCUCUAACACCCCCAAUGCAAGAUUCCCCCACCACCACCCCAGUACAAGUCACCCCCAUGACCCCUGAGAUAUUACCCCUUACCCAAGGUUCGUAUAACAACCCUAGUCUUAGCGCAUUAAAUGUCUCUCUUACCCCUACCCCUGUACAAGCCUCUCCAACCACUAACCUCUUGAAUGUCUCACCUGACCUGUCCUCCAGAAAUAUGUCCCCCUCCCCUACUCAUUUAAAUGUUUCUCCUACCCCUUUCCCCAUACAAGUCUCCCCUGGCCAGUCGUCCAGAAAAGUGUUUCCUUCCUCUAGCCCGUUAAAUGUCUCUCCUGCCCCUACCCCCUUAAUGGUGUCCCCCACCACUCUACCCCGUAGCAUUCUAAAGAAUACUACUACUUUUGUCAAGGUGGACGAAACCUCACCCACCACGAAAGGGCCAGAGGACAAGUUUGAGAGCCUUGCUACUGUCAGGGCUGACAAAGUUUCUCCCACUGCUGUUCCUGUGAAAGUCUCCCCCACCUCAACCUCCGUCAAGAUCUCCCCCACCAGCGGAGGCCCUUUAGAGGACAAGCUGGAGGUGGGGAGUGUUACCAUAGUCAAAGCCAGCCCGGACAGUCAGAUGGAGUUCUAUGUGGUGCGUACGGCUGAGUUAAUGAAGGAGGAGGAAGAGGAGGACCCUGCUGUGGCUCAGAGCACCCCAGAGAAAGGGAAGGAUGAUGAGGUGGAGAUGGAGGACAUACAGGACUGUCGGGUCAGCCAAGAGGAGGGUGUGUCUCUGGAGGAGAAGAGAUCAGUGCACAGUCAGCACAAGUGGUGAAAGAGAGAGAGAGAGAAAGAGAGAUAGAGAGGACACGCUGGGAUGGGGGAGGGGGAAAGACUGGCCACACCCAACUGUGACAAACGGAUAUAUUGCAAUACUACGGAGGUAAACCGAACCAGGCCAUGCCAAAACUGAACUAUACGAGACUGAGACAGGCUGUCUGGAAACAACUAGACCUUGACAUGGCUUUAAAACGGCGGGGUGUACCAGCAAGGCUGUGAUUUAUUCAUUGAUAUAGACAAGUUGUGGUUAGCUAAGCACUGGCACCUUAUAUCCAGAUGUAUUGAUCUUAAAGGCUUGCAUAAUGUGGCUAACAGCACUGCUACAGUACUACUUCUAUUAUCAACAGACAGUGCAAGCCCAGGCCUCCAUCUACAAGUGCACUUUUUUUGAAAACACUGCUCACAGACUGCAUUUUACAGCAAUCAACUUUAACCCCAACAACAAUCAACUACACCACAGUGUAAAUCGACCAACAGCAAAUAACGGGUAAUAUCUGUGUAUUCUAAUUUAUUGUCAGUCCGAUCUCUAACUCUUCUACAUCAGCGGGGGCUGCUGAGGGGAGGAUGGAUCAUAGUAAUGGAUGGAACGGAAUAAAUGGAAUGGUAUCAAACAUGUGGUUUCCAUGUGUUUUA